AUGCCUGUCAUUGGAAUCGAUAUAGGAACAAGUUACUCCUGUGUCGGAACGGUAGUCGACGGUCAGGUGCGCCUAUUUCCUACCGAAAAAGGAAACAAUUUACUUCCCAGUAUUGUGGCAUUUGAUCAAGGCCGAUGUCUAGUUGGUGAAGCAGCAAAGUCAAAACUGACAGAAAGCCCAGAAAAUGUCAUCUACGACAUUGCAAGAAUAAUUGGAAGGUCAAGAGCGGAUAAGCAUUUGACGUUGGAUGAAAAGAAGUGGCCUUUCUGUAUUUCCGAACAUCAGGGUCGUGUUGGAGUAAAUGUAACGCACAAAAAUCAACCAACCACUUUUACUGCAGAGGAGAUUUUGGCCAUUCUUUUGAUGCAUCUGAAACAAAUGGCACAAACUGCUUUAAGGAAACCAGUGGGUGAAGCUGUCAUUUGUAUUCCGGCGCAUUUCAAUAACCAACAACGACUGGCAACAACAAGUGCAGCUCGGAUUGCAGGGCUGAAGGUCACGCAGCUCAUUAGUGCGCCAGCUGCUGCCGCUAUUGCUUACAGGAGAGAAAUGAACAUUUACAAAGAACAAAAACUUCUCGUUCUUGUAAUGGGUGGAGGAACGUGUGAUGUGUCUGUAAUCACCACCAAGGACGACAUCAUACAAGUGGAUGCGACAGCAGGUGAUUGUCACCUCGGUGGGACAGAUUUGGACGCCAACUUGGCUGAUUAUCUUGUCGACCAGUUUCGGACAAAAUAUGGGAAGGAUUUUAGCGCAAACCAUGUAGCAGUACAACGUUUGCGACUUGCGUGUGAAACGGCAAAGCGUACGUUGAGUGUUAGUGCCAGGGCACAUGUUAGUAUUCCAGAUAUUCAUGAAAACCUGAGACUUUCAGCCCGAUUGACCCGGACCGAGUUUGAAUCCAUGAACGCGGAUAUAUUUAACAAGAUUCUGAACCUGGUUGAAUUAGUAGUGGAAGACGCAAUGAUUACGAAGAAUAGCAUUGAUGAUAUUGUGCUGGUUGGUGGCUCUUCCUGGAUUCCCAAGGUGCAAGAGGUUUUAACCACAUUCUUUGAUGGUAAGCCGUUGAACCGGAUCCUGAGUCCCCAAGAAGCUGUGUGUACAGGAGUAGCUAUCUAUGCAAAUCACUCAAAACAACACAAUGGAACUUCGUCUUCUGAAAAUUCGAUGAAUGCUACCAACCACAUGUUAACUGAAGUUAGUCCUUUUUCUCUUGGAAUCGAAGUAAAAGGUGGGCGAAUGAAUUACAUCAUUCGUCGGAACACACCGAUUCCUAUACGUGAUUUCAAAAGGUACACAACCACCGUCGACGAACAGGAUAGUCUUUCUAUUGUGAUAUUUGAGGGCGAAAAUACAAGCGUGGCCAAAAACACAUGCCUUGGAAAGUUCCAUUUAACUGGAUUUUCUGCAGCACCAGCCGGGGUGCCCAAUAUCAAAGUAGUGUUUGACGUGGAUGCCAAUGGAAUUUUGAAUGUGAAGGCAUAUGAUGAGACCGCUCGGCAAAAUGUGCCAUUACCAAUAACUUGUGACUCCACCCAGUUGACUCCGGAUGACAUUGUCCAACUGGCCAAACAAAUGGAACGUUUGUGGGAAGAGAACGGGCCUCAGCCUGAGAAUCAUUGA